UGUUUCAUCUCGAAAGUUAAGUUUCGUCCGAUUACGUGACUUGCGUGUCUUUGCUUAAUAUGUUGAAUGGAAUAUUUUCUACGAUAAAGUUCUUCUUGAUUACACAAUUUUCUCUGGAUUGACGUUAUAAAACAAUACAAAAGGUUUGGAAACUUAUAAAAUGCUGGCAGGAGCUGAAACAGUGGUGUCAACCAGCGUGACCCCUCCGCGGGAAGGCGGCCUUUAUAAGGCGACCCCGCCUCUGCCGAAACCAGUCUCGACGAUGAGGAUCCUGCUUGUUGGACUGUGUUGGACGCUUUUGGGAGGAGGAGCUUUGCGGUUCUGUGACGCCGCCGGUUGGUUCUUCCCGGACUACCAGCCCAUCGUGGAGUUUGGAGUGUGGAACAAAAACGACUUGAUUUGCUACCAGAAGCGGAUCCUCGCGGGGACGCAGAGUCCGCAGGUGGUGGAUUUUCGGAAUCCCCUGGGGACCAGCAUCAACCACGUUCGGAUCGAGUCACCCCAGGACAAGUGGGCUGGAUUUCGCGUUGCGCAAGUUUGGGGAGCACUGGCGACCACGUACAUUCAGCUGGAGAUUUACGCGUCGCAGAUUGUGGGCCCGUUUCUGAAUGACGUCAACAUCGAGAUCAGGUGCUCACCCACCUUGGCGCGGUUGUCGAUCGAGACGGUGCUGCAGAUACUGCGAAGGCCGAUUGGAGUUUUGGUGAAGAAAAACUCGACCGAAUUGUCAAACUCGAUCUUUGGAGAUGUUGUGAGGGAUGGUCAGGUGAGGAUUUACCAUCCUCCACGUUUCAAUGAUAGUUCAUUGGAGGAAACGCAAGAAUAA